UUGUAUUUUUAAUUCAGGUUGCAAAUCAUUGGGAUGGGUGAUCCAUCAGAUAAAGGGAGCCUAUGGAAGAGACAGGGCCUGCCUGUAAAAAGUGACAGUGUAAGCGACAUUGACUACUUGUCUGAUGAUAGCGAGGAGGACACAAUGUUCACUUCUUGCAUCAGCAACAUCUAUUCGAAUGUGGAUGGCUCAAAUUCUCCAUUGCAAGGGAAUUCUCACACAGAUCCAUCAGCUUCAUCAGAUGCUAGCAUUUGUUCCUUGGAAAGCACUGUCACAUUAUUCAAGAAGCAUUUAAUUGAAUUUCAGGAUUUUUUUAAUGACAGCUGGACAAUGCGAGAGACCAGCUUCUGUCAGAAGAGUCUGUCCAAGAUGUCAGAUAUAGUGGAGAAAAUGGACAGAUUUAAUCAGACAAACUUCAAUGAACAUAUGCUGAAAAUUCUUCAGUUGAAUAUUGAGAGUUUGUUGCUAAGCACGAAGGCGUUUAUACAAUGCUGUAGUAGCCUUCAGUACUCGAAGCAUAACAGUGGUGUUGCCUUAUACCCAGAGGAACUUAUACAGACCAUGAAGGUUUUGAUAAAGCAGUCCAUCAGAGCAGUCGACACAGCAUGGCUCACUUUUCUACAAUCAACUAACUGCCAGAUUGAUGAGUUUCCAGCUGACCAUGCAUGGCCACAAAAUCUAUCUAGUGAAGGUGCAACUGAAUUAGAACAAAAUGAUACCAUGACAUAUAAUCUGAAUGAGACAGACAAUGUUUCUCCAAAUAAAUAUAUAAAAAAAGAGCUAUUUAAUGAAGAAACAUUUACAAAAGAACCUGAAAGUGUAAUGAAGAUGAAUUUGUAUACAGAAGAUGCAGAGCCUUCCAGCAAUGUGACAAGUGACACCAGUGGACUUAGUCCGGUACAUGUAGAAAGAUUAGGACCUCAAAACCUUCAACCACCACAAAAUGGGGAAAACACAGAAACUACGCCAAGAAAAGGCAAUUGCUUCAACACUCAACCUACAUUUGCUCUGGAGAAAUGUUCUGUGACAUUGGAAAAACAUAGACACAUACCCAAAAUACAGCAAGGAACCAUGCUUAAUCAUAUCUGGGACGGUGGUUCUGCCGAAAUUCAAGACCAUGAAUUACUGCAAAAGAGAAAUGUUACAGAGCAGAGUCUUCAGAAUGCAGACAAAAGAACUUCACUCACCAAACCAGAAAAAAUAAGAAUUUCAAAAAGUUUAUUGGCAAAUUCGGAGAACAGAUCUAAAACUGGAAAACACAAGAGGAAACCAUGGAGCAAAAGUCCAAACAAAACAGCAACAAAGAAGCCAACACUACAGAGUCUACCAAUGGGGAAUCUGCCAACUCCGUGUAAUGAUAGAGGAACACAAACACCUUCCAAACUGAGUGCCCUUCAGACAAGUUCCACUGCAGCUCCUAGAGGAAACACCAUUAUACACAACAAAAAUCCAGAAAGGAAAAGAUAUUCCAAGUCACCAUCUGAAAUUCUAGAUAAACCAGAGAACAAAAGCAAAAGAUUGGAACAGUCUCAAACAAUAAGUAGUGUCAACCACAAGAAGACGACAGAGUAUAAGGAUGAUGCUAAUCCAUCAAGUAAGACAGAUAAGUUACUAUUGAAUCAAGAUCACCCUCUCACAACAUUUGUCUCAUCACUAAAAUCCUACCAAUGCAGCCCAAGUUCUAUGCAUGUGUCCCUCCAAGUGGCCUGUGUUGAGAGGAAAGUGUUAGCUAGAAGACUUCGCAUAGAAGAGGCAAAGAAACAGCUUGAGAAAAAGAAAUCAAGACACAGUUCUCGUAAGAGACCAGUGGAAACAAGGAGAAGUGAGAAAUCAGACACAAGCAACGGUAACAGGUCCAGGAAGUCAUUGGACGAAAAGACGAGCUCUACCCCACAGAAACGACUCAAGAAAAUAUAUGAUGUGAACAAAAAGAAUUCAAAAGACACCAUUUCAAUUUCAAAUUCUUCAUACCAUUUGGCUGACCCACAUGGAAAGUCAGAAAAAGACAGCAAUAACAAUAGAUCUACCACAGAACAAGAUGUUCAAAACUCUAACAAUUUAGUCCCUAUUAACAAAGAGUGUUCUGAAGCAGUCAGUUCACAACAAAAUUGCGUAAACAAAGGCUGUAAAACACAGAGUGUGCAUCAGAUUGGAGCUCUGAUGCUGUUGGAGGAUGAGGACCAGUUUUUUCUGAACCAACAGGCUGGCCUUACAGCUAGAAUCAAAAGUAUGAGAAAAAUGAAGACAAGUAGUGGGGGGAACCUUCCAUCACCCACUCCAAACCACACCCCAGACCAAGCUGAUGACAUCCACAAACAGCCCCGACCCAAAUAACUAUUCUUAAAGUUAACAAUCAUUUUAUAAUCUAGUGUAAAGCUGGGGAUAUUUAAUUUAUUUAACCAUUAUACCUCAUUAUGUGUAUUCUUAAAAAUAUAUGUAUAUAUGCAUUUCUUGCUCUUGCUGAUAACAAAGUGCUAA